UCUUCUUCUCCCAAGUGCUAAGCUGCAAAGUUUCGCAGCCGCUUCGUCCCCUUUCCUCCACGCUCCGGUUCACCGCCGCCGUCUCCGGCCGCGCCACCUCGCCGGCGACAUGCUCGAAACCGCGGCGGAGGCCAACCUCCGCAGGGAACUGGAGGAAACCCUCGCCGCCGACCCUUCCAGCCCGCUCCACCACUACAACCUCGGAGUCUUCCUAUGGGGCCGCGCGGAGGCGGAAGCGAAGCAAGAGGGGGACGGGGAGGAGGCGAGACGGCUCCGCGCUGCGGCGGCUGAGAACUUCCUCGCGGCGGCCAAGCUCAACCCCAACGAUGGCGUUCCCUUCCGCUUCCUCGGCCACCACUACGCGCGCGGCGGCGACACGCAGCGAGGGGCCAAGUGCUACCAGCGCGCGGUGGCGCUCAACCCUGACGAUGCCGAGGCUGGGGAGGCGCUCUGUGACUUGCUAGAUGUUGAGGGGAAGGAGAGCUUGGAGGUUGCUGUGUGCAAGGAGGCAGCUGGCAAGUCACCUCGCGCAUUCUGGGCCUUUCAGAGGCUUGGCUACUUGCAGGUUCAUCAAAGGAAAUGGUCAGAGGCCAUACAAAGCCUUCAGCAUGCAAUACGAGGUUACCCAACAUGCGCAGAUUUAUGGGAGGCACUUGGUCUGGCAUACCACCGUUUGGGCAUGUUCACUGCAGCAGUAAAGUCAUAUGGGCGCGCUAUUGAACUGGAUAGUUCCAGGGUCUUUGCAUUGAUAGAAAGUGGAAACAUCCAGCUAAUGCUUGGUUAUUUCAGAAAGGGAGUUGAACAGUUUCGUUCUGCUUUGGAAAUGGCUCCACGUAACCAUUCUGCAUACUCUGGGCUUGCUUCUGCAUUACUUGCAUGGGCAAGACAUUGUGUAACUACUGGGGCCUUUGGCUGGGCAGCUAGCCUAUUGAAGGAAGCAUCAGAAGCUGCCAAAGUUUGUACUUCGUUGAGUGGACACCUUUCAUGUGUUUGGAAAUUGCAUGGGGAUGUCCAGCUCGCACUUGCGAGAUGCUUUCCAUGGGUUGAUGGGAAGAUCAAGAGGGGUGUGGAUGAGCAGAUUUUCAAAGAUUCUAUUCUUGAGUGGAGAAAUACAUGUUUGACAGCUGCAAAUGGUGCAAAACUCUCAUAUCAACGGGCUCUGCAUCUUGCACCCUGGGAAGCUAAUGUUCGCAAUGAUACUGCUAUUUGUCUUGAUCUAAUUUAUUCCUUGGAUGACAAUAACAGACUCAACCCCAACGUUUGGGAGCUGCCAGAGAAAAUGUCACUAGGUGCCUUGAUACUGGAACCAGUUAAUAAGGAUUACUGGGUUACAUUGGGUUCAAUGUCAAGUAAUCUGGUUUUGAAGCAGCAUUCUUUUAUUAGGGCACUGCAUCUCGAUAUGUCUCUGUCUGAAGCUUGGGCAUACCUUGGAAAGAUUUACAGACAGUCAGGUGAUCAACAACUGGCAAGACAAGCAUUUGAUCGAGCUCGAAGCAUUGAUCCUUCAUUGGCCUUGCCAUGGGCUGGAAUGUCGGCUGAAAACUAUCACCAGUCUGGGGGCAGUCCUGUAAAUGAGUCCUUUGAAAGCUGCUUGAGGGCUGUGCAGAUCCAGCCUCUGCCAGAGUUCCAGGUUGGUCUUGGAACAAUUGCUGCUCGUUCUGGUAAUCUUCUUUCACCUCAGGUAUUGAUGGCAGUACGGCAGACUGUUCAACGAGCACCUCAUUACCCAGAGUCUCACAAUUUAAAUGGCUUGGUUUCUGAAGUGCGGUCAGAUUUUCAGUCUGCAAUCACAUUUUACCAACAUGCGAGAUUUGCUUUAGGCAUGAUGCACACUUCCAAGUCAGACAAUAGAUAUGCUUUUACCAAUGUUUCAGUGAACCUUGCCCGGUCACUAUGCAAGGCUGGUCUUGCAACUGAUGCAGUGCGGGAAUGUGAAGAGUUGAGAAGUCAAGGAUUGUUGAACGCUGAUGGACUGCAGAUAUAUGCUUUUGCAUUGUGGAGAAUUGGACGAAGUGAGGAAGCUCUUUCUGUAUCUAGAAAAUUGGCUGAAAAUUUAUCUGGCAUGAAGCCGGAGAGUGCAACUGCGGCUUUGGGAUUCAUAUGCACAUUGACAUAUCAAAUUUCCGGGAAGGACUCUGCAGCUGCAGUCAUUCACAAGCUUCCUGGUCAACUCAGUUAUGGCACACAAUUGAAAUUCAUUAUCUCUGCAUUGGAUGCUUUGCAGCCAAACAAGCGUUUUCAGUUGCCGCAAUUGAGUAUGCCUCCUAGACUUACAUCCUAUGAAGUAAUGAGUGAAGUCCACUCAAAUAUUGCUCUUGGGAAGGCUAUUGUCGGGGAAUUGGACAAGCCCUUGAGGGUUGAUGGUAGUUUGUCUUACCUGAAAAAGGUUCUGCACAUGUAUCCCGACUGCAGUUUAGUGAGAAACCAGCUUGGAUCUCUUCUGCUGUGGAGCGGAGAUUGGAUGGCUUCUCAUGAAGCAGUAAGGGUUACUUCUCUGUCACAUGGACACGCAUCCAGUAUGGGCCUAAAAUCUCCACAUCAAAUUCAAGCAUGCGCAAUAGUUUCUUGCUAUACUACCUGCACCCCUUAUCCUAAGUUCUCUUUCCCAACAUGUGAACACCAUUACCUAAGUGGAUAUGAUGCAAUACACCACCUGCAAAGGUGGGUUCACCGCGAACCAUGGAACCAAGAUGCACGCUACCUGCUUGUACUUGCCAUUUUCCAAAAAGCACGUGAUGAAAAGUACCCUAGCCAUAUCUGUAUCAUUCUGAAGAGGCUCAUUUUGCAAGUGCUGUCCAGCAUUAGCAAUUCACAACAGAACAAAGUUGUGCAGUACGAGAUGUUCUUGCUACUUCUUUCGUCUUCAGAAGUUAGUUUGCAAUCUUUUGACUAUGAUAAUUGCAUUGCUCAAGCUAAAGAAGCUCUAAAGAUCACUCCCUCAAGCCAUGUGGAUACUUUCUUUGCACACUUGCAACUGUGUCGGGCCUAUGCGGUGCAAGGGGAUCUUUUGAACUUCAGGAAUGAGUACAUGAAAUGCUUGCGAAACCAUACGGAUACUGAAAUUGGCUGGGUAAUGCUGAAGCACCUCGAAUCUGUAUGUUCAUUGGAGGGCUCUUCUGAUGAAAUAGAUAAAAAUCUUCGAGAAUGUAUUAAAAGUAAUGGUAGUGACCCAUCGAAAUGGGCAUCUCUUUUCAAUCUAGCCUGUGCUCAGGGCUUUAUAUGGGAUGAAAACUUUGCGAGUGCUGAAAAAGCUCUUGCUCAGGCAUGCGCCGAAGGAGAUCCAGACAGCUGCAUCUUAUUCCUCAAUGGUGCGACCUGUAUGGAAAUUGCCCGGAGGUUUGCAGCUCCUCAAUUUAUAUCCCGCGCAGCUUCCAGCCUCAGAAAGGCCCAGCACAAAUCACUUGCUUCAUUACCUAUUGUGUCAUUGCUACUGGCUCAAGCAGAGGGCAGCCUUGGCUCCAAAACCAAGUGGGAGAAAAACCUUCGACUAGAAUGGUUCUCAUGGCCCCCAGAACUGAGGCCUGCAGAGGUGUACUUCCAAAUGCACCUGCUGGCAAGGCAGUCAGCUGCAGCGGCUUCUCAGCAGAACCAGCUGGUGGAGACGAUGCAGAGCCCGGAGAGAUGGCUGCUUAGGGCAGUGCACCUGAACCCGUCGUGCUCCAGGUACUGGAAGGCUUUGCUGCAGCUUAUGGACGCGUAACCUUUUGCCUCCAAGUCUCGCACAUUCGAGCCGGUGACGUGUUGUUGUAAGUACGAUUGGCAACUGUAGCAGGCAUCGGCUGACUUGCAUGUCGUAACUGCAUGUUGCCUUGGACAGUUUGCGCAUGCAGUGGUGCUUUUUUCCUUUCGAAACGAAUACUGGCUUGCUGGAGCAUUGUUUCAGUAUUUUAACCUCUAUUUCUCACUAACCCCUCUCUAGGAGUGGCAUGAGAGUUAAUACUGCUUGUAAUAGACAGAGGUGAGUCCGGUGAGCAGCCAAAGCCGAUGGAGCAGCUCGAGGUUCAAAGCACAGGCCAAUCAGACCCAGCUCAGCAGCCUACAGGAGCUCCUUGUUUCUCAUCUACUUCAUCAGCUUCAAGCGGUCUAGAAACAAGAGUCUUACCUGCCGAGCCCAACCGUCCAUUGUUCCUGUCGGUCAGACGGUGUUGAACUGCCGACCUGAGCAGCUCGCAGGUCUGGACAAGUGUAUCCAAAUUCCAAGGAGCCGCCCACGUCACGGAGUCGCAGCUCGUUCUCGGCUCUCGCUGCGCUGUUGGGCUGUGCUCCCAAGCUGGUAAAAUAAGGCAGAUGCUGUCCUGUUACAGCUGCGCUCGUCUUGCUACAGGCCCAUGAAAACAGACGACGGAUCUGGGUCCAAAGAUGGUCUUUAAUCUCCAACCCGGCCCGUCCUGUUACGGCUGCGCUCGCCCCCGCCCUCCCUUCUCCACCUUAUCCUGAUGUUGCUGAGUCGCAUCUUGCCUCUUUCGUCCUAGGAUUGGUCCAUCCGAUAGACCUCCGCGGUCACUUGCGUUCUUAUGGUC